GGUGAAGGGGCAUAAAACAUAGAUUUUGGAGUUUUGGUGCAAAGGAGGUGCCUCGCAGUCCACCACACGACCACAGCUAUGAACUACAAUCCUCCACAAAUUCUUCUUCCUUCCUCUUUCCUUUUCUCUCUCUAAUUUCUCAUCUCUCUCUCUCUCUCUCUCUCUCUCUAACUCAGCAACCAAAUUCAGAGAAGGGAAGAAACAAUGGUUGCAGGUGAAAGAAGAUGACCAAAACAGGGUUAUGCAUCUUCCAUGGCCACUCAUUGUGCUUAUUAUGUAUUUCCACCAUCGCCACUGAGGACCUUGAACAAAACCACAACUUUUGUCUCCCCAAAAAAACCCAAUAAGUCUGUUUUGCUUUCUUCCAUCAGCAACAACACAGACUCCUACAAUGCCUUUGUUUCUGAGGCCGCUAGUCUUUUGGGUCCAGCGAGAUUCGAAGCCUCCAAACUAAAAGUUGAAUUUAUGGGAGAAGAGAUGAAUAAUUAUGUUGGAAUCACCCCGAGAACAUAUAUCCUAUCUCACUGUGACUUCACAGCUAACCUGACCUUAAAGAUCUCCAAUGUCAUCAACCUCGAUCAGCUAAAAGGAUGGUACAGCAAGGAUGACGUCGUUGCAGAAUGGAAAAAGGUGAAUGGUGAAAUGUGCCUGCAUAUCCAUUGCUAUGUGAGCGGUCCCAAUAUGCUUAACCUGGCUGCCGAGUUCAGAUAUCACAUCUUUUCCAAAGAAAUGCCUUUGGUACUCAAAGCUGUGUUACAUGGAGACUCGCUACUUUUCAGAGAGCAUCCCGAACUACCGAAUGCUUUGGUUCGGGUUUACUUUCAUUCUAGUUUGAAGAAGUACAACAGAAUUGAAUGCUGGGGCCCUCUCAAGGAUGCUGUAGAGGGAAGACAAGGGGAUCACACCAAACGAAUAGCUGCACGUACAGAUUCUUCCCAUCCUCGGGACAAGUGGGGAACGCCAAAAUCCAUAUUUCAAGUUCUAUUUGCAUUCCUUCUUUGAUUCUUUGAAGUCAAUUGCGUACAAAACAUAACCUUGAAAGUUUUUAAUACCUUUAAGGCUCUGCGACUUCAACAGCCAAUGCCAGAGGAAGAGAAGGACUCGGUUUUCGUGUGUAAAGUUCAAAGAAUUGUUUGUGAAGUCUCAUAAGGCCAAAUGCUCAUGUUGCUAUAACGCACAGAUUGUUUGGGGGGACAUGUAACUGAUUCAAAAUAAUUUCUGCGACUAAGACCAAUUUGUUCAUGCGUUAAUUCAAUGGCAAAUGUCUUUGUUCCUUGACA